AUGACAUCAAUAGACACUACUGAGUUUGUUGAAGUCGAACACGGUACACUCAAGUUUGAAAAUGAGACACAACAGGCAAAAUUCGAGUUAGGUGUAUGCAUGGCAGUCUACAAGUGGGAUGAGUUAGCAACCGCAGUGGAAAAUUCAUGGGGUGGAGCCAACUCGGCUGAAAAAAGAGACUGGAUCAGUGGUAUAGUAAUUGACUUGUUCACGGAAUCCAAGGCCGUUGAUGUACAAUUAAUAGAGGAAACUUUGCUUUAUGCCAUGGUGGAUGAAUUUGACACUGAAGUCGAUAAUGAUUCUGCUUUAGAAAUUGCUGCAUUGGUGAUGAAGUUUUACAAAGAAGUUGCUGAGCGAAGGUACAACUUGAUCGAUGAAUUAUAUGCAAAAUGGUUGGAGAAAGGACAAAAUAAAAGUUCAGCACCGGUGAAAGUUGAAGAAGAUCCUAAUAAUCCAGAUUCCGAUGACGAUGAUGACGAGGAAGAGGAAGAGGAAGAGGAAGAGGAGCAACGCCAACAUAUACAUAGCUCUGGUGAUGCAAUGGAGGUGGACACAGAGCCCAGCCUGCGUAAUCAACCAAUCGUUGAUGAUGAUGGAUUCGAGUUGGUAACAAAAGGAAGAAGAAGGUAA